CCUGCCGUCCCAUACACCUGCUCAGAAUCAUGGCCCUUUCCUAUUCCCAGGCCUUGAUUGCGGUCAUCCUAGCCGCCGUCCUCAACUACUUCGUCGGGCAGGUUCUACAAUGGUGGCGCCUCAAGACCCUCACCUCCCAAAGUUCCUGCGCCAAACCAUCAACAACCCAAACCCGCUGGCCAGCCGGUUUGGGCCGCUUAAUUCGAAUUCUAGGCAUCCGUGGUGAUGUCCUCGAGAACUGGCUGGGAGCUGAUUUCCGCUCUCACGGUUUCUGGACUUUCGCGAUUGAAGCGCCUCUAGUGCCCACCGCGAGUAUCUUCACGGCUGAGCCUGCUAACGUGCAAUGUAUGCUGUCGAAGAAUUUUGGACAUUGGGGAUUGGGUCCUGCGCGAGCGAAGAAGUUCGGGCCGUUUUUGGGCGUCGGUGUUUUUACGGCUGAUGGGGAUAUUUGGGCAAGGUCGCGCGCGGUUGUGAGGCCUGCUUUUCAGCGGAAGCAGGUUAGUGAUUUGAGUGCUACGGAGCUGCAUGUGUCGAGGUUGUUGGGUCGUUUGGGGGACCAGCCUGGGGAUGAUGGUUGGACAUCGCCGAGGAACGUUAUGCCGUACAUUUACCGAUUCACUUUGGAUAACGCGACGCAAUUUCUGUUUGGAGAAAGUGUCGAGAGUCAGCUGCAAAGCGAUGUGGGCGAGAAAGAAGCUUCUGAGACACAGGCCUUCGAGGAGGCAUUCCACACGGCUACUACAGGCGUCGGACUGAAGAUGUUUAUCGGACCGUUCUACUGGAUCGUGGAUUGCCGGUCAGCCUUCCGCCGCGCAUGUCGCCUAUGUAAAGAGUACACAGUGCGCUUCGUUGACCAGGCCCUAGCCGUCCACGCAGAAACCAAGAAGGAAGAGAAGGAAGCAUCAGAGCCAGUCGACGACGAAAAGCACAGCCCGGAAAAGAACAAGGGGAUCUUCCUCCGCACACUCGUUGAAGCAACCCAAGACCGCACCGAACUCCGCGACCAGCUCAUGCAACUCCUCUUCGCCGGUCGCGACACCACCGCCACCCUACUCUCCUGGUCGCUACUUUGCUUCGCGCACACGCCCGGUGCAUGGGAUCGUCUUCGCACUGAGAUCCUGACCAUGUUCGGACCCGGUGGUGACGAAGGCGACGAGCUGAUUUCCUUCGAAAGUCUCAAGGGAUGCACAUAUCUACAGAGUUCGCUGCGCGAGACGCUGCGCAUGUUCCCGCCCAUUGGUGUCAAUGGCAAGCAGGCGCUGUGUGAUACCGUACUCCCGACUGGCGGAGGCGCGGACGGUUCGCAGCCUAUUGCGGUCGCCAAGGGCACGCCUGUGCUGUUUACGACGUAUAUCAUGCACCGACGGCCGGAUCUUUGGGGUGAUGAUGCUCAUGAGUGGAAGCCCGAUCGGUGGUCUUCUGGAUUGCGGCCUGGUUGGAGCUAUAUUCCGUUCAACGGAGGUCCGCGACACUGCCCUGGAGAGCAAUUCGCCUUGACGCAAGCCGCAUACACUCUGAUGCGUCUGGCCCGGACAUUUGACAGAAUUGAGAACCCAGACGUCGGUGAUGUGUUCGAAAAGGGUGUGGGGCUAAUCAUCCAACCCAAGAAGGUCAAUUUGCGAUUCCAUCGGGCAGAUGUGGUGUGAAAAAUGUACUCCGUAAUUACAUAGUUCUGGUAGGAAUGAUGAACUGGCGGAAUUGGGCCGAGAUCAA